AAAACUUUUUGUACAAAUGGCUACUCCUUCAGCAACAUCCACCAAAGAGACAACAAAUUAUGCGCGAAUCUGCCUUCUUCUUGUGGAUUUUGGUACCUCAGCUCUAAGAGACACAUUUGACAGAAUCCACCCUUCAAGCAACCUUUCUUCAGUCCUGGCAACAAAUAGAGCUAAACUUCUCAAGGUAACAAAUUCUUCGCAGAAGAAAAAAUUGUACCCAGCCUUUGCUCCAGGAUCAACCACGGCACCAACUGUAUCAUCAAUGGAUUUUGACACAACCCUUUUGACUGUUCUUCUGAGAAACAUUUGUGGUUUAAGUCCUCCUCCAUCAACCAGAAACUGGGAUAAACCUCCCUUACCAUCAGAUAUAAGUCUUGAGGCUGAUAUUGUCCGAAUAAAGUCUUUUAGAAACGAAGUGUUUGCUCAUGCAGCCAAGGCUUCUGUUGAUGAUACAAAAUUCCAUAACAUCUGGACCGACAUCGAGGACGCAAUUGUGAGACUCGGCGGAAAGAAGACUGAAAUCGGUGCCUUGAAGACUGAAUGUAUGGAUCCAGCUGUUGUACAAGAGUAUAAAGAUCAAGUGGGGCAGAUGAUCAAGGAUGAGGAAGAUGUUAGGGAAAAAAUCGAAAACCUUGAAAAGAAGACAGAAGAUCAAGUGGGGCAGAUGAUCAAGGAUGAGGAAGAUGUUAGGGAAAAAAUCGAAAACCUUGAAAAGAAGACAGAAGACAAAUUUGAUGAGAUGGGCAAGAAGUUGCAUGAGGAAAUCGAUGGAGUUAACGAAAGGCUGGAAGGGUUGCAUGAGAUGUUGGAUGCAGGAAGAGAGAAAGGAAAUAAGCUGGAAAGUGAGGUGCCUAGAGCGCCAGUCGAUGUGCACGGCCAUACGAUGGAGGUCCAGAGGAUUAUAAAUAUCCUCACAGAUCAUAGCACCAAAGACGUGGCGGUGGUCUUAGUAAGCGGAAUACCAGGAAUUGGGAAGUCAACCGUUUCCAUUCAAGCCGGUCAUAAGCUAAAAGACCAUUUCGGUAGAAUCGUCAAGUUUUGCUCUUUAAGAGACAUGUAUCCAACUAAAAAUGGGCGUAACACCAAGGAUGAUGAAGGAGAAAGGGUGUUGAGGGAGAUUUUAAACAAGUGCCAACCAGGUCAUCAAGCGGCUCAUGAAAAUCCCAAACAUGUUUUCACCGGACCAGUUUUAAAUGUUAUGAAGGUCGCAAUAAAUCCUUUGAGUGAAGAGGAUAGCAUUCAAGUCUUAAAGGGAGUUGAACGUUUGCAAAUGGUAUCUAAUGUAACAGGAGAGGAUUUAAGUAGGGUAGCAGAGCUAUGCGAGUACAUUCCGAUGGCGCUUCGUCUAGCAAGCCCACUUCUUUCCUCAGAUUCCGAGUACUCUGUUGACGAGUUAAUAGACGAUCUAGAAAAGCACCCUACACGCACACUUGAGUGUGAAGCUAUAAUGGCAAUUGCCUUUGAGAAAUUAAGCAAACCUUUGCGGCAUUCUUUAAUUCGUCUGUCUGUUUUUGGCCGAUCUUUCGAAAAAAACGCAGCAAAGGCACUACUUGGCGACAACUGCGCUGAACACUUAAUGAAGUUAAAGAAAAGAUGCUUUAUUCAAAAAAACGGAGAUCGGUAUAUCCUUCACUUGCUUAUCAGAAGUUACGCAAGAACGAUGGGAGCAGAAAAAUUUCCGGAUAUUUUGAAUCAGGGCCAACAAUCAUUUGAUGAGCACUUUCUAGCUAUGAUUUUGAGAAACGCAACGAUGUAUAUGCGCAAAGAUGAAUGAAAAACCUCGUUUCAUCUUUUUAAUGAAGAAAGGCUUAACUAUGAAUCCCUGCUUAGAGAUGUCAGUGAUGAGAAGGUAUGGAACUGUAAAGCACUGCGAGAUGCUAUAAGUGGUUGCCGGAAAGUCGCACCUUACGUAGAAUUCUGCGUUCCUGUCAAAUUGUACGAAGAUUUUCUGAACGGGCUUUUACGAUAUGUUCGAAAGCAAAAUGAAACAGUGCACGAAGUGGAAAUUUUGUGUCUCCUGUAUUAUGAAGGAAGGAAACGGGGUUGUGCGAAAAUGCAUGCAGAAGGCUUGAUGGACAUAGCUUCUAACCUAUUCGAAGAAAAUAGGCCAGCUUUCGAAAAAAGCGUCCCGUCAGAGGUGUUUUAUCGCCACCAUUACGGCAGAUAUCUAAUACAGGAUUGCGAGCAAAGAGAUGACGCAGAAGUUUGUUUCAAAGAAGCACUACGUAUUUGCGAAUCGUAUGAAAAAGAAACGUCUGAGUUGAUAUCUGACAAGGUGGCCAUUCUUGAACAAAUGGGACAUAUUGCAAAAAACCAAGGAAGAAAGGAUGAGGCACUUCAAUGCUAUUCGCAAUCUCUGGAGUUUCACCAAGCCCAUCAUGGAGAUCAUAUUCUGACUGCAUUCACCCAUAAAAUUAUAGCAGCUCAUUAUCAGUCCGUUAAGGAUCUACCUUCGGCAGAGGAAAACUACAUGAAAGCCAUUGACAUUAUGAAACGUUUGGAUAGAGCAGAGCACAAAGAGGCAAUACCCACGUACCUUAAACUGGGAAUCUGCUUCCAAAUGAGAAAAAUGUUUGACGAAUCUCGGAAAACGUUCGAGAAAGGAAAUGAGGUUGCUGACAACACUAUCGAAGGAAACCACAAAUAUAAGGUUUGGAUUAAAACGCGCUUGGCGUUGCUUCUUCACUCAGAAUACCCAGACGACGUUGCUGAGGCUGUCAGAAUUGCCAAGGUUGUCCUUGAAAUGCGACGACAACUUGGAAUGGAAGAGGACUGGACAAAGGAAUUACUUGAAAAAAUUUGUCAGACACAAAAAUGUUAGUUUCGAUGUGUGAAAAGCGUGUAGAACUUUUUACAGAAGUAUAUAAUUUUUCCAACACCAACCGCUUGGGUAAACGUUGACUGAAAAUUUUCUUUACCUUGGAUAUCACUACACAUGUAACCAUCAUCAACUUUUUUCCUUUUUGAGUAUUGGAUGUCGACAUCAUUUUAGCCGUGGGUUGUGUAAACAACGCGGGAACUGUUUCAGAUAUUCUUAGUUCAAGGUCAUUCUUGAUCUUGCUUAUUUUUAUUUGUAUCUCGAUAGGAGUAUUCUCUCAACUGUUGGUGUAUUUUUGAGCCAAUCUCCCACAUUAAACUACCUCAACUCUUGGAGGUGAGUGUAAGAAACUUUGGUUGGUACGACAUUUCCCUUCUUCAGGGAUUCUAGUCAGCCUCAUUCCCAGUCUCUACCCUUCUCCUAUUCUCUCUUGCUCUCAGGAGAGGUCAGAAGAGAAGUCCUGGUAACGAUUUUUGUUUGAGGCAACAACUUUUGAUAUUGUUUGUGACAAUGGAGGCGCGGAUUCAGUUUUUUGUGGCAAGUUAUACCUUACUAUCAAACCAGAUGUGUAUGUUGUUUUAUAGCUUGUAGAUCAAAUAAAGGUUUUGUACUAAGACAC